UAUCACAAUGAGUGGUGCGUAUCCGUACAGAGUAAGUAAGCACCUAGGUACUCAGUUGCGUAUGGUGCAGGUCGAAAACAAAAGCGCAAAAUGAUUUGCGUUGUGAAACACAACAUCAAACACCACUUUUUUCUCACUGCCACGAUUUAGACGCCCAACCCACUCAAUCGCCAUGACGCCAGCGCCUGUCGAAUGUUGUGCAUAUGCCGGUGUAUCCAUUGGCUCUCGAUGAUGCUUCUUGUUCUCCUCGUCGUAAUAAUAGCAAGAAUCGACCCUCAUCCGACCUGGCGAAGCCUCGACGUCGACCUCAUUCAUCGUCCCGGCCACGCCAUGUACUGGACAUCGUGGACCCCCUUCGUUCCAACAUAGAUCGACAGACGCGGCAGAGACGCCAUCAUGUCUGUGGCAUCUGCCGCUGACCAGGCAGGACAGCCUCCAUUAGGCAAAUCAAGAAAAAAACACAAACAACGAUGAAGUUCACAACACGCCGCGUGAGCACCGGAUUUCCCAUCUCCCGUCCUCAACUUCAACUUCAACAACUGACGUUCCCUCCACCACCGACGUCCCAUCCGCCUCGUCCUCGCAAUCGGGCUCUGCACAGACUACACAGAUUUCGAACCGUCGGUCUCCCUGUGCUCCUCGUCUUGGUCUUUACCACACUCAUCCUCAACGCCAUAUACGCUUACUGCGUCGCCAAACCACACACUGACAUUGCCGACCAGCUCUCCAAAUCCAGUACGGCCGAAGCCAACGGAUCACUUUUCGGCCGUAGAAGCGGCGGCAGUUUAGGGUUUGAUGCUCUUCUGUCCACGAGAGUGGCAACAACUUCUGGAAAGAAACCUCGCCAACAACAAGGCACAUCAGAAGUGGCCCUCUUGUUCUACACCCUCUUCACCCCCGCCGUGUCCUUGGUGCACUUGUGUUUCGAGUUCACCGUCCACCACGCGACUCCGCGCUAUCUACGAUCCAAGACGGCCUUUUUGGUCUUGACGUCCUUCACGGCCCUCGCCGUCGCGGGUUGGAUCACCACGCUGGCCUUCUGGAUGCACUGCGAGCUCCCCUCGCUCGACCACUCGGGGGGCCAGGCCGUCUGCCCUCCCCAGGUGCGAGGACACUUCAUGUACGGCAUCCACGAGGUCAGCAUAGCCAAGAUCGCCCUGGGCUGGCUCGCGGGCCUGGCCUACGCGAUGCACGUGCUCGUCCUGGUCGGCGGGUACAAGGCACAGCGACGGGCGUGGCGGAUGGGAAACAUCGGCGACGCCGAUGAGGUCACAGAGAUGACUGUCGGGUUUGACAUGAAGGGAUCCGGUGGCGCCCUCUGAGAGUGCUCGGCUUGUUGUCUCUUUUGUCGUUUGGAGGCCCGCCUCGACUCUGGAAGCCUGGCGGCUGGCUGGCUGGCUGCGUGUGCCUUUUUCUGUUUCCCGUCUUGUGUGACGAUGUCGUGAACUGGGGAAAGGGGGGACUUUGGGGGAAUUGAACCAACCGGGGGAGUACAUGCGGGUCC